GUAUAAAACGCUAACCUCAAACCGUUUAAUCACGUAGAACGUUUUAGUCAAGUGGCAUAGAGUUGCGGCCGAUUUGAUUCGAUCUAUUUGGAGAGAGAGAGAGAACGACAGCCAAUUUAUUUUAAUCGUCUUUGAAAAAGUGCGGAGAAAAGUUGCAAAAAUGAGUCGUUGCCCAUCACAAGCUGUAUUUCACGCAAAAAAUUUGCUGAAACAAAAGGAAAAUAUGAUUGCCAAACGAUAUGGAUCAUGGUUUUCCGCUGUACAAAUGGGACCACCCGAUGCCAUUUUAGGAGUAACUGAAGCAUUCAAACGCGAUACCAAUCCGAAAAAAAUCAACUUGGGCGUCGGUGCUUAUCGUGAUGACAAUGGAAAACCAUACGUUUUGCCAACUGUUUUACAGGCUGAACAAAACAUUUUGAAUGCCAAACUUGACAAGGAAUACUCGGCUAUCGGUGGCAAUGCUGAAUUCUGUAAAUUGUCAGCUGGUUUGGCAUUGAAUGAGAAUGCAAGCGAUACCGUUGCACCAAAUGUGGCUACCGUUCAAUCAAUCUCAGGCACUGGAGCAUUGAGAAUUGGCGGCGCUUUCUUGAACUCGUUCGCUCAGGGCAAAGACAUUUACCUACCAACACCAAGUUGGGGAAAUCACACACCAAUCUUCAAGCAUUCCGGUUUAAAUGUCAAAUCAUACAGAUAUUACGAACCAAAAACAUGCGGCUUCGACUUCCAAGGCGCUCUCGAAGAUAUCAACAAAAUCCCAGAGAAGUCAAUCAUCCUUUUGCAUGCUUGUGCUCACAACCCAACUGGUGUCGACCCAAAACCAGAACAAUGGCAAGAAUUGUCGCAAUUGAUUAAGAAACGCAACUUGUACCCAUUCUUUGAUAUGGCUUACCAAGGCUUCGCCAGCGGUAGCGUAGACAAGGAUGCAUUUGCCGUACGUUUGUUCGCCAAGGAAGGACAUCAAUUCUGUUUGGCUCAGAGCUACGCCAAGAAUAUGGGCUUGUACGGUGAACGUGUUGGUGCCUUUUCGUUGGUGUGCGCCGACAAAGAUGAAGCCGACCGUUGCAUGUCACAAAUCAAGAUCUUAAUUCGUCCAAUGUACUCAAAUCCACCAAUUCACGGUGCUCACCUUGUGCGUGAAAUCUUGGGCACACCGCAAUUGCGUGCCCAAUGGUUGGGUGAAGUUAAAGGAAUGGCCGAUCGUAUCAUCUCCGUUCGUACUGCCUUGAAAUCGAAUUUGGAAAAAGAAGGAUCGUCAAGACCAUGGAACCACAUCAUCGACCAAAUCGGCAUGUUCUGCUUCACUGGAUUGAAAGCACCAGAAUGCGAACGUAUCACCAAGGAGUUCAGCGUCUACUUGACCAAAGAUGGCCGUAUCUCAAUGGCUGGAGUUACCAGUAAAAAUGUCGAAUAUUUGGCUCACGCCAUCCACGCAGUCACCAAGUAAAAACAGAAUGAAAGCGAAGGUUCAUUGCAUCCCCACACCAAAAUCACAUCAAAUCGCUACAAUUUCAAAAUUUCGAUACAAAGUCAAAAGGCUGUUAUGAAAUGACAGGAUCAAUUGCAUUUAUCAAUUUAAUUCCCAAUACUUUUUUGAGAUGGAAAUAAUACACAUGUUUUAAUUAUUGAAAA